CACCAUCGCCGCCAUCCCAAAGCCAUCUCUACAGACUAUCCACUGUCGAGUAGACACGCAGUCAUGGCCCCCGCAGCGACGACGGCAUCGUCGUCAACAUCAGCGUCUGCUGCGCCUGGCCAGGCAUCUGCGUCAGGCUCAGCAGCCGGACCUGCGUUGACUCCAAAAGGCAAGCAAGGACGUCCUUCCUCCGCUUCGACUUCGAUGGAAACGACAUCAACUCCAGCGGGCGCGACAAACAACUACUCGAUGCCCAUCUCCGCCCCUUCUCCCGGCAUAGCUACGGGCGAGCCAUGGACUCAUCCACCCAACUACUCGCAGUUUCCCCCUCCCGUCGCAGCACCUUCUGCUCUCGAGCUGACCCGCAAAGGGUCGCGAUCCAGCCCGACAGACGAAAGCGGGGCCAGUGGAUCAAGGCUCAAAGGUAUUGGGAAAGCGCCACAGACUGUUGCGGAUGCGGUGGCUGCUAGUGUGGGGAACAAGAAGGAGAGGAAGAGGAAGCGUAUCCAUUACUCGUGUGCGGAGUGCCAUCGACGUAAACACAAGUGUGAUCGACAAUAUCCAUGCGGUCCCUGUCUCGAACGUGGGAUUGGUGACAGCUGCAGACCAUUCGAGAGCGGCGACGAGCAUGGUGAUCAUCGUGACCGUAUUGCUCGACUAGAGGACAUCGUCGAGGCUUUGGCGACAGCGCAGACAAGCCUGGCUAGAGAGCUCACAGAGGCUCGACAAGCUGGCCUCCUGCCCGGCAGUAGCAAGGACGCGACGACAGCAACAGCAGCAGCAGGCUCUUCAGCCAAUACUGCGUUGUCCGUGCCAGCCAUUGCAGACGAUGAAGACGACAACUCGCGCAACAAGCGCCUCCGUCCACCGUCGAUGCGCGGCAUGGAGCGCGAGGAACUAUUCCACGCUGAGCGCAGGACCGAGGGCAUCGAUGAGGAUGAAGAUGGGCGACGAGUGCCGGGCAGUGCAUUGGAGAGGAAUGGCAAUCCGCUCGAAGGCGGCCUGACAACAGAGGGUGAUGCCUUCUUUGGCGCAUUGGCCUUGCCAAGCGUCAGUCGAGGCGCGGUUGAGACGGAAAUCAAUGGCCAACGCCUGGAGCUCGGCGCUCAUCUGCCGCGAUUCCCUGCCUCGUUCAAGAUUGCUCGUCUCGUGUCAGAGGGAGGCGCAGCGCCCAAUGUCGUCGCUGAACUCAUGGAGCUGCUACCUCCAAAGAGCGUCACCGAUGGUCUCCUUCACCUUUACUUUCGCGACAUCAACAACACCCGCCUCCCCAUCCACGAGGGCACCUUCCGCCAAUCGUACGAUGCCUUGAUGUCCUUCAAGUGGGGCAAAGCCCGAGAAGAGGUUGGAGACGAUGGCGCCCGACACGUUCCCUUUCUGGCAUUCCUCUUCAUCCUCUUGGCCAUCGCCAAGCGCAACGAGCCAGAGUCGAUGACGAGCGAGGAUGAGGCAAAGAAGGGCGCAAUGAAGCUCUACCAUGCCUGCCGCAAGACGAUUCAUGUUGCAACGUACAUUCGCGCAGACCACAUCGACCUCGUCCUCGCGCAGACUUUCGCUGCUCGCUACCUCAUCACUUGCCGGCAGAGCGCAGAGAGCUGGAGCAUGUUGGGCAGUGCCAUUCGAGCUGCUCAAGCCAUCGGUCUGCAUCGCGACGGCAGCAAGCUCGGCCUCGAUGCCUCAACCACAGAACGACGUCGUCGCCUCUGGAGUCUCCUCUUCUACCUCGACAAGUCGACAUCCAUCCUGCUGGGCCGCCCACCCGCCAUUCAAAAUCAUCACUGCGAUACCAUGGCCCCCUCGGACGUGGACAUCGACACAAUGCCGCGCACAGCGGUUGCGGGUCCGCCAAAGUGGGCCGACCCCGGCUCUCCGCCGGGCGUGUUCAACUUCGUCGCCAUUCGCCAUGCCCUGACCAUCAUCACGGGCAAGAUUGCCGAGCAUUUCCAAGACCUUUCGCGCCCGCGAAGCUACUCAGACGUUAUUGCGCUCGACGAGGAGCUCGAGUCCUUCAAAGCAAGUCUGCCUGCGCCGUACAAGGCGCAGGAGAGUCAAGGAAUGGACAAGUCCUUCGAUACGGUCUGCCCAUGGUUGCCGCUGCAUCGCUACCUCAUCUCAGUGGAGUACCACUACAUUCGUUGCACGCUGCAUCGCCCCUACUUGCUUCGCAACUCGGAGAAGUACGCGCUGAGCCGCAACGCCGCUUUUGCGUCAGCGAGGGAGGACAGGCGUGUCCGACAGGAGUACAAGCGCGAUGUCCAAUGGCCCAAAGACAGGGCGCGCAAGCGUCAUAUGGGCGGCUUGUAUCGUCUGUUCAGCUCUACGUUGAUCACCGGUAUCGAGCUCCUGCUCGACCCGACUGGAGAGGACGCCGAAGAGUUGAUGGCUUGUCUGGAUGAGUUCAUCGAGAAGCAUAACAGGAGGGCAGAGAAGGAUCAGUGCAGUAAGAGGGAGGUGGCGAUCAUCGAGCUGUUCAGGCAGAAAGCGAAGGAUCCAAGUUGGUGCGCUAGGAAAGGGGCGAAAAAGGCCACGGUGGCUGCGGGUGGGCAGCCGUCGCGCAGUGGAGCAAGGACGCAGCCUGGCGAUGGGAGCGCGGACAGCCAGCAAGGUACAGCAGGUCAGUCUGGCGGGCCCUUUGCACGUAUGAUGGACUCGCCCGCUCCUGGCUCCUCCGCAGCGGCAGGCAAGCACGGCGCCAGCGCCAGCGGGAGCAGUGGUUCUGGGUCCGUCACCACCCCGCACGGCGGCGCCCUCCUUCCCUCGGCUUCCUCUAUCCCCUCCUUCAACCCGCAAGAGCUCGCCCAAUCAAUCUUCGACACCCUUGGCGGUGGGAUGGAUCAAUUCAACCUCACCUCUGCCCUUCAGCAGCAGAACAAGGGGCGUUCAACCGGUGCAGCCGGAGCGGAUGGGACGAAUCCCUUUGGUGGCAUCGCUGGGCCCGGAAUGGCUCUGCCCGAGGAUCUGAGUGGGAUUGGAGCAAAUGGAGCGGGAGGGAACUUUUAUGAUUCGUUGUGGGGUGGGGGAGCAGGCGGUGGAGAGUACUCGGGAGCAUUGACGCCAGCGAUGAACGGCGGCGCUGUGAGCGGUAGCAACCAGCCUUGGGCGAACUCUUCGGCAUUCACGAAUAGUGGAGCUGGUGGUAGUGCUGCGUCGCAGGUAGCCGGAGCUUCGCCUGCUUCCAGUGGCGGAGGGGGAAACCUGUCCAACAUGGACUGGAGCGCGGAUAGCUUGAUGCCCUGGGGGGCCAUGAUUGAGGCCAUUGCGAUGCAGAAGCCUGGGCAAGGCGGCAAUGGUGGGAACGGUGAUGGGUCGAAUUCUUGAUUUACCUUGUAUUCCAAUUCGAG